AUGCUUGCUGUGAUUCAUGGAUUUCAGGAUAAGACGCAGGCGUUGAUGUUUGAGUGGGCGUGGCAAAAUCCGUUCAAGAGUGUGCACCCGAAAAUACACGGGCACCGACCCGAUGCGCUCGCUCUCCCAGCAGACAGGCCUAAAUCCGCGAGCGGAUGUCUCCAGUCUUUGGCUGCGUUGGCCUCGGUUCCGCCAUGGUCACUUUGUCCUCUAACUCUUUCCAUAUGCGCUCCAAGAAGGCAAUGGGAAGAUCUCGAAAUUCAAGCUCUCAUUUUUCCGCCUCACCUCCGAGUUCGUUUCAGUCCUUUGGCAGAUAUGUCGGAUAAUGUCGCUUUGUAUGACUAUCGUCACCAGUGCGAUUCUGUUACGCCCCAAUGGGGCGAAGAAACCGAAAGCAAAUGCCCGAUCUGCAGAGAAUGCAACCUGUCUAGAAGCAACGGCCAACACUCUCAGUCACGAAGACUGACGUACUGCGCGCAUUGCGGAGCUGUUGCUCACCUAGCUUGCAUCGCAUCUAGAGAAAGAGAAGGUUCUGCGGCUGCCGCAGAUUCCCUUCUGCCGGAAACUGUGACAUGUCUUGUUUGCGAAAAGGAUAUGCAUUGGUCGUUAGCAGUACGCCUCGGAAGGUCACUGGAGACCGAUGAAUAG